AUGGCCACCCAGAAACGAACGUCAGCAAGGCUGAAAGGCCAAGUUGGAGCACACGACCAACAACUCACCUUGACUGCUGAUUCCUUGUCCACCACUGAAACCUCUUCCACCACCGCACGUCUUCCGGUCCCCCCUGCUGAAGCUCCUCCUCCCGUAAACCAGAAGCGCCCGCGUGAGGCCAGCAUUGCUCAGGCUGAUGCUGUGCCAGCCGAACAGCACAAGCAGGCUGCCAAGACGCGCAAGCGUCAAGGCACGAAGACCAUGGAGCAGCUGGCAAUGAACACCAUGUCUGCCGCUGCUCCAGGGCUUGUUGCUACACCUCCCCCUCUGGUUCCUGCUCGGCGUGAGCUUCCGGACCGCAAGAGGCAAGACCAUCCUGGCAGGCCCGACCUUCCACGACCGAAACGCUCUCCGGAGGAGAUGAGGUCUUGGGAGACGGAGAGAAUGCGUCUCCUCGAGCGCGUUAAGCAGCUCGAGGCGCAACAGGCUGAAGAGAUUGCGGAGGAGGAAAGGCGUGAUGAGAUGAGGGAGCUGGAAGAAAAGUCGACGGCUGUGCUCACCUUAGACGAUGCCCGUGCUGCAUCUGCUGAGCCCGACAGCGCUGACUCUGAUGACCUAGCCUUUCUGGGCACCCUCCCGCGAGUGCCUAUCUUCAUGCCUGGUGAGGAUGAGCCUGCGUACUAUGUUCAGACCAAUUCAUAUUCUCCAGUCGCAAAGGCAAAGAAGACGGUGAAGGUGGCAAAAGAGAAAGGAAAGGCUGCUGCGGCUUCCCAGGUCAAGAGCACCGGAAAGGGUGCCGGUCGCAAGGCUUCUAAGGCACCAGCCUUUGCGACCGGCUUGAAACCUGGAUGGCGGACCCAAGCCAUUGGUCCGAGCACGUCUGGUGAUCAUACGCCUGCCAUUGGUGGCCUCACAGACGAAGAUGCUCGGGCGAGUCGGCCUAACUCUCGCGCGCGGGUCUCUGCUCGCUCAAACCGGGGCCAGACAAGCAACAACGUUAUCACAAUUGAGUCGGACUCAGACUCAGAUGAUGCCGCGCAUGACAGCAACACAUCAGAAGAACUCCAGGAGCCAACGCUUUUGGCGGCAGUCAAGAAGGUUUCCCGCAAAGCCAACGCUCCAGCGAAGGCUCCCUCAUCUCGCCGCUCUCAGGCUAUGAUACCUCACACUAGUGCUGGGAUCAAGCGUCUCCCUACCAUCAAGGCUGAGCCUGUGGAUGCCAACACCCUCCCUGUCAUCAAACCCGAGACCAGCACCAAUUCGCUCUCCAGUGCUACCACUGUCGCCGAGACUGUUGGAUCUGCUGCCGUCGACGAUUACUACAUUUCUGCGAUCCUUCCCACUGUAUUCGCACGCUGGGCUACCUCCGACAAUUUCUGGGAAUUCUUCCACAAGAAGAUUGAUAGUACUGUCCCCAUUCUCCAGGAGAUUGUCGACAUUGUCGUGCCGAACUGCGGUUACAAGGUCUCCAUUAGCGACAGUCUUUUCAAGGCAACCGACCGCAUGUAUGAGAAGCGAUCCGAAAUCGGUCGCGCCGCCCUCACACAGGUUAAGGCCUUGUACCUGACCCAGACCUAUGCCGACGAUCCCAACGCCAUCCGAGAGCACGUCACCUGGGCGCUGCAUAUCGAUGGGCCUGCUUUCUGGCAGCAUCCGACGCCUAUGGAGCACACGCAGCUGCUGCAUCGCGAUGAUCCGCAUUACCAGAAACCGGCUGGUUUUCUGCGUUCGGACUACAUUAACAAUAUCAUGCAGCCGCUGGUUCGCAGGAUGUCAGGCUCACGCAUUCGAUACGAUCAUCCGAAGGGGGCCGUGAUUAUCGCGAUGAUUGCAGUCGAACGCACUUUCGCGAGAUGGAGGGCGGGCACCAAGGGCGACGUCACGCUUUUCAAGCAGAAGUAUUUCCAGAAAGCUACUCGGGAGUACGGGAAAAUAAUCGACGGCAUCAGCGACAAUCGAUGGCAAGGCCUCCUCGAGGCUUGGGGAGCGCCUGACGAGGAGGAGCUCGAGGUCCCCGAACCUGCCGCGGACAUCGACAGCAAUGCCCUCGAGAACUCACGCCGCUUCCUGAUGCCAUCGAGCAGCCCAGCGCCGGAGUAG